CCGCGCCAUUUCAUUUCUCUUCAGUCAGAUCAGGUCCUCUUUUCACUUUUCCCCCCAUCUCUCUCUCUCUCUCCCCAUUGUCGACUCGUCUGUAUCUCCUCUCAAUUCACUUCAAUCCUCAUCCUCUACUUCAGGUCAGGUCUGGUCCGAUCUGGUCUGGUCUGCUGAGGUCAGGUUAUCGGCGUCGGCUCAGCUCCAAGCGCCCGAAGAUGAGGCGCCCGGAUAGAUAUAAGUGAAUUGUAUUGUAUGCAUGAAUGAAGCUAGGCCGAGCUGAAAGCAAUGGAGUCGCUCAGUAGCUGCCGUUCCUCCUCCUUCACCUCUCCCCUCAUCCUGCCCCCUCUCGCCUCCGCUCCCCCCAAAUCCCCCCGGACCCUCCUCUGCUACUGCUCCGUCAGCCCUGACCCCUGGUCUCUCAGCGAUGGCAACCCCGACCGUCCUAAACCCCGUUCUAAGAACCCCAAGAACCCACUCUCCGACGACAAUGCUCGCCGCAUCAUCAAAGCCAAGGCCCGCUACCUCAGCGUCCUCCGCCGCAACCAGGGCCCCCGGGUCCAGACCCCUCGCUGGAUCAAGAGGUCCCCCGAGCAGAUGGUCCAGUACCUCCAAGACGACAGGAAUGGCCACCUGUACGGAAAGCACGUCUUGGCCGCUAUUAAGACCGUCAGGGCCCUCUCAGCCAGAGGGGAAGGGGAGUACGACAUGAGGGCUGUCAUGGCCAGCUUCGUUGGCAAAUUGAGUUUCCGGGAGAUGUGCGUGGUUCUCAAGGAGCAGAAGGGUUGGAGACAGGUCAGGGACUUCUUUGCUUGGAUGAAGCUGCAGCUGAGCUACCGUCCUAGUGUCGUCGUCUAUACCAUCGUGCUACGCAUAUAUGGGCAAGUUGGUAAGAUCAAAUUGGCUGAAGAUACCUUCUUGGAGAUGCUCGAAGCUGGAUGUGAGCCUGAUGAGGUUGCUUGUGGCACUAUGCUUUGCACUUAUGCCCGCUGGGGCCGCCACAAGGCCAUGCGGUCAUUUUAUUCUGCCGUUGAAGAAAGGGGAGUUGUACCUUCUGUUGCUGUUUUCAAUUUCAUGCUAUCGUCCCUACAGAAGAAGUCACUCCAUCGAAAUGUUAUAGAUUUGUGGAGGAAAAUGUUGGAUAAAGGGGUCACUCCCAACGCAUUUACUUACACAGUUGUCAUCAGCUCGUUUGCAAAAGAUGGUCAUGGUGAUGAAGCUUUUAAGUGUUUUUAUGAGAUGAAAAAUGCUGGCUUUGUCCCAGAGGAAGUGACUUAUAGCCUGCUUAUUAGUUUAAGUAACAAAAAUGGUAACUUUGAAGAAGCAGUAUGUCUAUAUGAGGACAUGAGAUCUCGGGGCAUUGUUCCAAGCAAUUAUACAUGUGCAUCGCUUCUCACUCUGUAUUACAAGAGGGGAGAUUAUCCCAAGGCCCUUUCUCUUUUCUCAGAGAUGGAUAAGUACAAAAUUGCUGUAGAUGAAGUCAUCUAUGGCUUGCUUAUAAGAAUUUAUGGCAAACUUGGCCUUCAUGAGGAAGCAGAGAAGACAUUUAAAGAGGUUGAACAGCUGGGGCUACUUCGUGAUGAGAAAACAUAUUUAACAAUGGCGCAAGUCCAUCUUAGUUCUGGUAAUCCAGCAAAAGCAUUGAGUGUCGUGGAAUUGAUGAAGGCAAAAGAGGUUCUGUUCUCAAGAUUUGCAUAUAUUGUAUUGUUGCAAUGUUAUGUUAUGGAGGAAGAUUUAGAUUCUGCAGAAGCUACAUUUCAGGCUUUAUCAAAAUCUGGGUCAUGCGAUGCAGGUUCCUGCAAUGAUAUGCUCAAUCUGUAUAUAAAGUUGGGUCUCAUGGACAUGGCCCAACACUUCAUUUCUCAGAUGAGGAAAGAUCAGAUAGAUUUUGAUGAUGAACUUGUGAAAGCGAUUCUGAGAUUUUAUUGCCGGAGAGGAAUGCUAAGAGAUGCAGAGCUGUUCAUAGAAGAUAUUGUUGCAACAGGAUCAUUUGAAAACAAUAAGUUUGUUCAAACAUUUUACACAAUCAUGCAUAGAGAAAGCAUGGAACAAAAGAUUGCCCCGGACAGUUCCCUGAACUGUCAUCAUCUUGACCUGUUGGCUGUAGAGUUGAUCCUCACAUUAUAUAUGGCUAGCACAAAUUGCCAAAAGAUGGAGGAACUCUUGAGGUCCUUACUGGAAUCUGCUGGUGGCUUAUCUGUGGCUUCUAAACUCAUUAAUGGGUUUGUUAAAGGAGGUGAUGCGACCAGUGCUGAAAAUCUUACCAGGAAAAUAGUGAAACUUUGUUGCAUUACGGAUGAUGAAGCAAUCACUUCCUUGAUCGGCCAGUGUACUGAAAACAAAAACCUGAAGAAUGCAGAAGAGAUUUUUGCAGGAGCGAUUGCUACCUCAUCUGGGACAUCAUUAUUGAACUCCAUGAUUAAUGCAUAUGUCAAAUGUGGAAAAUUAGAGGAUGCAUAUUUGCUAUAUGUUAAAGCUGUGGAGAGAGGGCACGACCUCAGUGCUGUUGCUUCCAGCAUCAUUGUGAAUGCUCUAACUAAUGCGGGUAAACAUCAAGAAGCAGAGUCUAUCAUUCAUAAAAGUUUUGAAGACAACUUUGAACUCGACACUGUGGCAUAUAAUACCUUUAUUAAGGCGAUGCUGGAAGCAGGGAAAUUGAAUUUUGCGGCCAACAUAUAUGAUCGUAUGCUUUCCAUGGGGGUUUCCCCAUCAAUACAGACAAUAAACACUAUGAUUAGUGUGUAUGCUAGAGGUCAAAAGCUGGCUAAGGCAGUACAGAUGUUUAACACAGCUCAUACUUGGGGUUUGCUUUUGGAUGAGAAGGCAUAUAUGAAUCUCAUCAGUUUUUAUGGCAAGGCUGGUGAGAGACAGGAAGCUUCCCUUUUAUUCAGCAAAAUGCAGGAAGAAGGAAUAAAACCUGGAACGGUGAGCUACAAUAUCAUGAUGAACAUGUAUGCCACUGCCGGAUGCUCUCAUGAAGUUGAGGCACUUUUCAAAUCCAUGCAGGAAGAAGGCUGUUUACCCGAUCCAUCAACCUACCUCUCCCUCAUCCGAGCUUACACGGAGAGCUCCAAAAUCUCGGAAGCAGAGGAAAUCCUUCGGUCUAUGAAGAGGAAAGGUAUCUCCCCUUCCUGUGCCCAUCUCAACGUAUUGCUUUCUGCAUUUGCAAAGGUGGGUAUGAUGAAGCAGGCUGAACGGGUUUUUAAGGAAUUGACUGCAAGUGGUGUAGGGCCUGAUGCCGCUUGUUACCGCACCAUGUUGGGAGGUUAUUUAAACGGAGGAUACGUUGAGGAAGGAAUUUCACUUUUUGAGCAGAUAAAGGAGUGUGUUGGAUUGGACAGGUUUGUUUGGAGUGUGGGUGUGCUUCUUUACAGGAUUACGGGGAUGAAACAGAAAGCAGAAGGAGCUUUGAGUAUCAUGAGCAGUCAUGGUAUAUCGCUGAUUGAGAAUCUUGAAGUUGGAUCGAAAUUGAAAACCUCUUCGAGUCUAUGAUUGAGCGAGGAAGGAAGAGUGUCCUUGGUGUUUCGAUCAUCGCCAUGUCAGGGAGGGAGGAGGGCUCAUCAAUGCCGUAGGGGAGAUUAAGAAAAGCCACUCUACACGCAUAGAUGCUUUAGAGUUUUGUUAUGAUGAAAUUGUAAAAGCACUGACUGGCAGCAAAUUUAGAUUAGAGCUCUGCUCGUUGGUCCCUCGGGUACCUGUUAAUAGUUUUCUUUUUCUUUUCAUCAGCAAAUGAGGGACAUUGCAAUAAAUAUAAAAUUGUGAAUAACAAACUUAUAUUACCUUUU